AGAAAGUCAGACGACGCCUGUCUUUGUGGGCGACCCGUUACCGAAGCGAACAGGCAGAUCUUGCGGCUUCUACAUAAAAAUUGCAGCGGCGGUCUGGUUCCCUUCGGACACAGAAAGCGGCAGGACGUGAGCCGUAUUUGAGGUUUCAGCGGUAAUUUAUUGUUGAGGUCGACUCCACGUAACUGAAAAUGAGGGAGAUUGUGCAUCUGCAGGCUGGACAGUGCGGUAACCAGAUUGGUGCCAAGUUCUGGGAGGUAAUCAGCGAUGAACAUGGCAUUGACCCCACCGGUACCUACCACGGAGACAGUGACCUCCAACUGGAGAGAAUCAACGUCUAUUACAACGAAGCUUCAGGUGGCAAGUAUGUACCACGUGCAGUCUUGGUUGACCUGGAGCCUGGCACCAUGGACUCUGUACGAUCUGGACCUUUUGGGCAGAUCUUCAGACCAGACAACUUUGUCUUUGGCCAGAGCGGUGCCGGUAACAACUGGGCCAAGGGUCACUACACAGAGGGAGCUGAGCUGGUGGACUCGGUCCUUGAUGUGGUGAGGAAAGAGGCUGAGAGCUGCGACUGUCUGCAGGGAUUUCAGCUGACACACUCCCUGGGAGGAGGCACUGGCUCCGGCAUGGGCACCCUGCUUAUCAGCAAGAUCCGGGAGGAGUAUCCCGACCGUAUCAUGAACACUUUCAGCGUCGUGCCCUCUCCCAAAGUGUCAGACACUGUAGUCGAGCCCUAUAAUGCCACACUGUCAGUACAUCAGCUGGUAGAGAACACAGAUGAGACCUACUGCAUUGACAAUGAGGCUCUGUACGAUAUCUGUUUCCGCACCCUCAAACUCACCACCCCUACUUAUGGCGACCUCAACCAUCUGGUCUCUGCCACCAUGAGUGGGGUGACCACCUGCCUGCGUUUCCCUGGUCAGCUGAAUGCUGAUCUGCGCAAGCUGGCCGUUAACAUGGUCCCCUUCCCUCGUCUCCAUUUCUUCAUGCCAGGGUUCGCCCCUCUCACCAGCAGAGGAAGCCAGCAGUACCGUGCCCUCACAGUGCCUGAGCUCACCCAGCAGAUGUUCGAUGCCAAGAACAUGAUGGCGGCCUGCGACCCUCGCCAUGGGCGUUACCUGACUGUGGCUGCCGUCUUCCGUGGCCGCAUGUCCAUGAAGGAGGUGGAUGAGCAGAUGCUGAACGUGCAGAACAAGAACAGCAGCUACUUUGUUGAAUGGAUCCCCAACAACGUCAAGACCGCUGUCUGCGACAUUCCCCCGAGAGGCCUCAAGAUGGCAGCCACCUUCAUCGGCAACAGCACUGCUAUCCAGGAGCUGUUCAAGCGUAUCUCUGAGCAGUUCACCGCCAUGUUCAGACGCAAGGCUUUCCUGCAUUGGUACACUGGAGAGGGCAUGGAUGAGAUGGAGUUCACCGAGGCUGAGAGCAACAUGAACGACCUGGUGUCCGAAUACCAGCAGUAUCAAGAUGCUACUGCAGAGGAGGAGGGCGAGUUUGAGGAGGAGGGAGAAGAGGAAUUAGCUUAAUUAAAAGCUUUCUGUUUUUGAUGAUUUGUAAAUCGUCUAAAAAUUAAAACUUUUCACUUGAGUAAUACCACCUGAAACUUGUCUCUCUUUAUUUUCAAAAUGUUUUCUGGUCUCCCAAGAUGUACAGAGAAACAUGAAUAAAGAGCAUUUCAUAGCA